UUGAUGUUGCGUAAUUAAUGUAUAUGGCAGAGAAUCUCAUCCGUUUGAUUCUAAGUAUCCCACAAACAGAUUCCCAUCCCAGCACACCAUUUCAUAUGCAUUAAUAUUACUUAUAAGCAACUUAGUCAAAAGUUCCCAUUCUCCCAAUUAAACCACAGAGUGAAAUUGCAGGUGGAGGGACAAGUUUUGGAGCAAUUCUUGUUGCUUUUGAUUUGGAUUUUGUCGAGUGAUUUAAAGAUGUAUCUGGUGGAGAGUAAAGGAGGUGCAAUAGGAUGUAUGCUCCUUUCUUUAUUAUUCUUAGGAACAUGGCCUGCAGUUUUGACGCUUCUGGAAAGGCGCGGUCGACUUCCUCAGCAUACUUAUCUUGAUUAUACGUUGACAAAUCUUUUAGCUGCUGUUAUCAUUGCUUUUACAUUUGGUGAAAUUGGAAAUAGUACAAUUCAGAAGCCAAAUUUCCUAAAUCAGCUUUCUCAGGAUAACUUUCCUAGUGUUUUGUUUGCGAUGGCUGGAGGGGUUGUCCUCAGCCUCGGAAAUCUGGCAACUCAAUAUGCUUGGGCAUUUGUCGGUUUGUCAGUGACCGAGGUUGUCACUUCGAGCAUAACUGUUGUCAUAGGGACAACCUUAAACUACUACUUAGACGACAAAAUUAACAGAGCCGAGAUUCUAUUUCCUGGUGUGGGAUGCUUUCUGAUUGCUGUUUGUUUUGGUUCUGCUGUGCAUGCAUCCAAUGCUGCAGAUAAUAAAGCAAAACUCACUAGUUUCUCCAAAGAUAACGCAGCGAUAAAGGAUGCACCUAUCUCCAAUGAAAUGAAUGCAAAUAGUGCUACGAAGGAAGACUUGGAGAAUGGAAAUGGUACCAAGGAGAAGGCAAAAUUUGGUACAGCAAAUUUUCUUAUAGAACUCGAGAACAGAAGGGCAAUUAAGGUAUUUGGGAAGGGAAGUUUAAUCGGUUUAGCCAUAACUUUCUUUGCGGGAUUCUGUUUUUCUCUGUUCUCACCGGCAUUCAACCUGGCGACUAAUGAUCAGUGGCAUACAUUAAAAUCUGGCGUUCCUCACUUGAGCGUCUAUACUGCAUUCUUUUAUUUCUCAGUAUCCUGUUUUGUGAUCGCCGUCAUUUUAAAUAUCAGUUUUCUGUAUCGUCCCGUUCUAAACUUGCCCAAAUCAUCGAUAAAGGCUUACUUAUCGGAUUGGAAUGGUCGAGGUUGGGCCCUUUUGGCUGGAUUUUUGUGCGGGUUUGGGAACGGUCUUCAAUUUAUGGGAGGUCAAGCUGCUGGAUACGCUGCAGCAGAUGCAGUUCAGGCACUUCCACUUGUUAGCACGUUUUGGGGUAUACUUCUGUUUGGAGAGUAUCGAAGAUCAUCAAGAAGAACCUAUGUACUCCUCGUGGGGAUGUUGUCGAUGUUUGUUGUGGCUGUUGGUGUCCUUAUGGCUUCAUCUGGACAUCGAAAAUAAUCUGAUUAUAGAGAAGAAUGUUUGGAGAGUUGCCAAACAGAAACUAGGUUAAGACAUAAUGACGUACUGAUCAAUUGCAGAGGAAAAUCAUUAAAAGAAAGGGAAAAAAAAAAAAAAAAGCAAGUGCAGAUGUGGUUGACAAAACCAUUCAUGGUAGAACGGUUCUGGUUUUAAUAAUAUUGCAUGAUUUUUCUUGUGUUU